GUCCCGCUCCGGGACAACUGGCGGGGGCAGCGCGGACCCCUGAACAUGAACCACUACGCCAACAAGAAGAGCGCAGCAGAGAGCAUGCUGGACGUGGCUCUGCUGAUGGCCAACGCCUCGCAGCUGAAGGCCGUGCUGGAGCAGGGCCCGGACUUCAGCUUCUACCUGCCCCUCAUCGUUCUCAUCAGCCUCUCGCUCAUCCUGCAGAUCUUGGUGGGAGUCAUGCUCAUCUUUAUAGUGAAGUGGAAUCUAAACGAUGAAAGCACACACUACAAGCUGAACAUCCUGGAGAACAUGGCCACAGCUUUUGUCUUCGUCAUCGUUGUAGUCAACGUCUUCAUCACAGCCUUCGGCGUACAGCGGCCUYACCCGGGACCCUCGGCUCCUUCUUGAUGUGAUGCUGGUCUACUGCCACAGUUAUCAGCCAGACUUAUUUACCAAACAGGAUGGUCGUGUUAUUUAUGGUCCUCCUCACCAUGGACCUGAAAAGGUGUUUUGUUUUUAUUUCCUCAACAGUUUUUUUUUUUUUGUGUGUUUUUUUGUUUUGUUUUUACCUCUCGUCAUGCUCAGGUUACUGAUGCAAACAAAAAAUGGCCUUUAUGAAACAAAAAUCAGGAAGACCCUACUGUUUAAAUAUUUUUUUUUUAAAAAAAGCACUGUGACCGCUUCCUGAAAAGAAACUUUCUGCUGUUAUUUUGAAAGUUUUUUGUUAGUUCAUAUAUUUUGUAACAGAACGUACUCCACAUGAAGUCUUCCUCUCCUGCAUGAUGCUUUACUUUGUACAGCAGCUUUACAGUGGAGUUAAUGUAUGUUUACAGUGCUUUAAAUAUUCAUUAAAUGAAGUGGACCUUGUUUUUUUAAUAGCUAUGCAACAUGCAAUAUUUAAAUUGAUUUUUAUGUAUAUUACUAAAUGUCUGUCUGUAUUAUCUGUUUGUGUAUUCACUUUUUGUAAGAGAAGAGCUCUUAGCUUUAAUUAUACACUCUUGGACAGUCACCGUUAGUGAUAUUUUUAAAUAAAACUAUGAAACCAAAUUGUCA